UCAUAGUUGGAAAGGCCAAACAGGAAGAAAGAUAGUUUUCGGUUGUUUAGCAAAAAAUCUUGUUAUAAUCCUUUAGCAGCUAAGUAUUUGUUGCUGUAUAUUUGAUACAUUCUAACCUAUAAACGGCGAAGAAAUGGCGGACAAUGAACUGGCUGUAAAAUUGCAAAGAAGAAAUGAAAUUAAUGAAGGAGAAAGGGCUGUUGAAAUAUCAUCUUCGACUGUUUUUAAUCCUUACACAGAAUUUCCAGAGUUUUCUAGAAAGCAAAUAAAGCAUUUUGAAUAUCUCUUUAAGAAAUUUGACGUCUCCAAAGACAAGUUCAUAGAUUUUGAAGAGAUGAAGCGUCUCAUGGAGCAUAUUGGAGCACCGCAAACUCAUUUGGCUCUUAAGGCAAUGAUAAAGGAGAUCGACGAGGAUCAUGAUAAUAAAGUUAAUUUUCGCGAGUUCCUGCUAAUCUUUAGAAAAGCAGCCUCCGGAGAAUUUGAUAGUGGUAGUGCUUUUUAUGAAAUUUAUAAUAACCUGAGUGAGAUCGACGUCGAUAAGGAGGGUGUUACGGGUGCAAAGGGUUUUUUUGAGGCCAAGAUAAAAGAGCAGGCAAAAGCUAAUAAAUUCGAAGCAGAAAUAAAAGAGGAACAAGAGGAAAAGAAGAGAUUGGAAGAAGAGAAGAAACAAAGAAGGGCUGAAUUUAAGGCUAAAGCUAACCUCUUUAAAUCAUAA